CGCUACCGUACACGCUGAACCUGCGAUCGACCGCGCCCCCCUACACGGCUGCUCUCCCUCACGCGACCAAUCUUCUCUGCGAUCCUCUCGGCCAGUAUCUUAUCUGACAGUUCAUCGGGGACCCUCGCCUGGACAGUCUCCACUCACACAUCACACCCCACCCCCUUUUUCGGGUGUGUCGCAAAAGUCGAUCUCGAGAGUUCGUCGCAUACAACCGUCAAUCAUCGGAGCGCAGUAUACGAAUCGCAACUAUUUCACGGUUAUCGGACCUCAGCUGUCAACCUGCUUUCAGUAAGAAAUUCAAACAGAAUCCUACACCUUUGUCUCAAUCAUCGCGCCUUGAUUAGAACAGUCGGCACAGCAAGAGCGACUCAUUUACAUAAAACCAUAUAGUCGAAGCAAUGGAUAUUCAAGAGAAAAUCGCGGCAGCACGACGCGAUGCGGAGGGUUUGAAGGAGAAGAUUAAGCGGAGAAAGGAUGAAUUGGCAGAUCGCGACCUUCGCAGCAUGGCAACAUCCAUACCUUCAUUGCCCCGAACGACGAUGAAGGUGCGCCGGACACUGAAAGGUCACCUCGCUAAGAUCUACGCGAUGCACUGGGCCACCGACCGAAGACAUCUCGUGUCAGCAUCCCAAGACGGUAAACUCAUCAUCUGGGACGCAUAUACCACCAACAAAGUUCACGCCAUCCCUCUUAGGUCAUCCUGGGUCAUGACCUGCGCUUACGCACCAUCGGGUAACUUUGUCGCAUGCGGUGGUCUCGACAACCUUUGCAGUAUCUACAACCUGACGUCGCGGGAAGGUCCCCAACGGGUGGCACGUGAGUUGAGUGGACACGCUGGAUACCUCUCUUGCUGUCGAUUCGUGAAUGACCGCAAGAUCCUUACUUCCUCAGGUGACAUGACCUGUGUCAUGUGGGAUGUCGAGUCCGGUCAGAAGGUGCAGGAGUUUGCGGAUCAUUUGGGUGAUGUGAUGAGUUUGAGCAUCAACCCUGCCAACCAGAACGUCUUCGUUUCUGGUGCCUGUGAUGCUUUCGCUAAGGUUUGGGAUGUACGAACGGGCAAGGCUGUUCAGACUUUUGCCGGUCACGAGUCAGAUAUCAACUCUGUACAGUUCUUCCCCAACGGUGAUGCUUUCGGUACCGGUUCCGACGACGCAUCGUGCCGAAUUUUCGAUCUCCGUGCGGACCGUGAGCUAAACCAAUAUACCUCUGAUAGCAUUCUUUGUGGCAUUACUUCGAUCGCAUUCUCUACUUCUGGUCGUCUCAUGUUUGCUGGUUACGACGAUUUCACUUGCAACGUCUGGGAUGUGCUCAAGGGUGAACGUGUUGGUACCUUGUCGGGACACGACAACCGUGUCAGCUGUUUGGGUGUCAGCAAUGAUGGCAUGAGUCUUUGCACUGGUUCUUGGGACUCGCUUUUGAAGGUUUGGGCAUGAGCUACAGGAGAAAAAGGAGGUUGCACCGAUGGCUGCGGAAUGAAUAGAGAGACGUAAAGGAAUACUGGAU